GUGCUGAGGGCGGCGCUGUCAGCCCGGCCGGCUGCGCAGUGGAGCUGCUGUUCCUCCUCGCUCUCUGCUUGGAGCUCCUUGGGCGGCCAGGAGGGUCCGAAGAUGGCGACCCAGCUGCUCCCCUGCGUCGUGGACGGCGGCACCGGGUACACAAAGCUGGGCUACGCAGGGAACACAGAACCGCAGUUCAUCAUCCCGUCGUGCAUUGCAAUAAGAGAAUCGGCCAAAGUGGGCGACCAGGCACAGAGGAGGGUGAUGCAGGGGGUGGAUGACCUAGACUUUUUCAUCGGAGAUGAAGCCAUAGAUAAACCGACCUACGCGACAAAGUGGCCUAUCCGACAUGGUAUUGUAGAAGACUGGGACCUCAUGGAGAAGUUCAUGGAGCAGGUUAUUUUUAAAUAUCUUCGAGCCGAACCGGAGGAUCACUACUUCUUAAUGACUGAGCCACCCUUGAACACGCCUGAAAACCGAGAGUACCUUGCAGAAAUCAUGUUUGAGUCUUUUAAUAUACCAGGACUUUACAUCGCUGUUCAGGCGGUGUUGGCCCUAGCUGCAUCUUGGACUUCGCGGCAGGUUGGAGAGCGUACCUUAACUGGGGCUGUUAUUGACAGCGGGGAUGGUGUGACUCACGUCAUUCCAGUGGCAGAAGGCUACGUCAUCGGCAGCUGCAUCAAGCAUAUCCCUGUUGCAGGUCGCGAUAUUACCUAUUUCAUUCAGCAGCUUCUAAGGGAGCGAGAGGUGGGGAUCCCGCCAGAACAAUCCCUGGAAACUGCUAAGGCCAUAAAGGAGAAAUACUGUUACAUUUGCCCUGACAUAGUCAAAGAAUUUGCCAAGUACGAUUUGGAUCCACACAAGUGGAUCAAGCAAUACACGGGCAUCAAUGCAGUCAACAAAAAUAAAUUUGUUAUAGACGUUGGUUAUGAAAGGUUCCUCGGUCCGGAAAUCUUUUUCCAUCCGGAGUUUGCCAACCCAGACUUCGUGGAGUCGAUUUCUGACAUUGUCGACGAAGUUAUACAGAACUGUCCUAUUGACGUUCGGCGCCCCUUGUAUAAGAAUGUAGUUCUUUCAGGAGGAUCCACGAUGUUCAGGGAUUUUGGACGCCGGCUGCAGAGAGACUUGAAAAGAGUCGUGGACGCGCGACUGAAAGCCAGCGAGGUGCUGAGCGGUGGUCGGAUAAAGCCCAAGCCUGUGGAUGUGCAAGUCAUCAGUCACCACAUGCAGCGCUACGCAGUCUGGUUCGGAGGCUCCAUGCUCGCAUCAACACCAGAGUUCUUCCAAGUGUGCCACACCAAGAAAGAUUACGAAGAAUACGGCCCUAGCAUUUGCCGUCACAAUCCUGUCUUUGGGAUUAUGUCCUAGCACCCGUUUCAUGUGGAAGCAACCGCUCUAGCGUCUCUUGCGUCUGACAGAGCUCCUUUGGUUGCGGGAGGAGAGGAGAGCGCUUGGUUUGAAACGUCGAGGCUGUAGCGUCUGUGUCUGUUUGCCCUUGGCAAAGAGAACUUCAUCCCUGCAGCGUGCAUCGGAAUCAGGCCUUGCAACGCAACAGAUCACCCAGAACCCUUCUGGCAAAAAAGCCGCCUACGUGCCAACUCCGUGAUCCUCUCCUUUCCUCGAUGGCAGCUUCUAGCCAACCGGCGACCCUUCUAUCUUGGGAGACCGUAGAAACACAAGAGGUGUGGGGAGAAAUUGAGGCCAGGAAUAUAAGCGAAUCCUGAGCUCACUGUCAUGUUCCUUCUUGAACUGGGAAGGGAUGCUUAGUGAUUUUUCUCCACGAGUCACAGCCAUGCAGCCUGUACGGCAAGGGUGAGACCCUCGGCUAGUUAAUUGUCACCUUGGGCUUCAUGGAGCCUGCUGGUCUUUCUGGAACGUAUCGGAUUGUAAACAUGCGGGGGCCUUAGUUAGUAGAGAAAAUAUAAUGCUCUAACCAUGCAAUACGAAUGUUUGAUUUCACAAAAUUUUGUAUUUUAUGAAUAUUAUUGCCAUCUGUUCUGGUUCUGGGUUGAAUGCAAAUGGCAAAGUGACAUUGCUGGAGUUGAUGGUGGUGCUGCCGUCUUCCGGCUGUGUUGAAAUGUACUCGUUUCCCCCCUUUUGGGAUGUAUGUAUGCGUUCUUUCUUUUUUUAAAAAAUGGUACAUCUUGAUUUGAGUGGAAUGUCAUUUUUUUAAAGCCUCUGAAAAGAUUGUAUGAGAUUUAUCGCUGCUAUUUAUUUAUAUUUGUGUGUGUUUAAAAAAAAAAACACAGGCAGGCUGAGUGGCGGAUGCAAAGCUGUUGGCAAAAUAAAAGAUGUUAACACGUU